CCUCCUCCUAAAACAUUCCCAACGUCAGGGAAACACUCUAGAGUAUCCAUUCAUUCAUACUAAACAAAAAAAAGAUUUAAAAAGCAAGACGUGAGUAGGAAUUCCACCAUUACUCAGAAUAUUUCUACUUUAAAAAAUGCCAGACAUGCCAGUGGCACUGCAAUAUACCCCUCCAGAUGGAGGAUGGGGAUGGGUUGUAGUUUUCGCAUCUUUCAUUUCAAUUGGAUUUUCAUAUGCAUUUCCCAAAGCCAUUACAGUAUAUUUCAAGGAAAUCCAGGAAAUUUUCAGUACUUCAUACAGUGAAAUUGCAUGGAUAUCCUCUAUUAUGCUGGCUGUUAUGUAUGCUGGGGGUCCUAUAAGUAGUAUCCUGGUAAACAAAUAUGGCAGUCGCCCAGUGGUAAUAGCAGGAGGCUUGCUCUGCAGCGUAGGAUUGAUUUCAGCGUCAUUCUGCAACAGUGUGCUUGAACUGUACAUUUGCAUUGGUGUUGUUGGUGGUUUUGGAUUGGCAUUUAAUCUUCAACCAUCUUUGACAAUUAUUGGGAAGUAUUUCUUCAAAAAGCGUCCUAUUGCAAAUGGACUGGCCAUGGCAGGAAGUCCAGUGUUUUUGAGCACACUGGCUCCUCUUAAUCAAUUUCUCUUCAAUACAUUUGGAUGGAGAGGAAGCUUUUUAAUUUUAGGAGGUCUCCUAUUAAACUGUUGCGUGGCUGGAUCCCUCAUGAGGCCCUUUGGACCUAAACCCAUAAAGAAAGAUGAGGAAAAAGCAGAUCAGAAACCUCAUGAGAAAAAGAAAGAAAAGUUAUCAGUAUGCCAAAACAUUAACAAGUAUUUAGACCUGUCACUCUUUAAACACCGGGGGUUUCUCAUUUACCUAUCUGGGAAUGUAAUCAUGUUCUUAGGAUUCUUUGCGCCAAUAGUUUUCCUCGCCCCCUAUGCUAAGCAUAUGGGCAUUGAUGAAUAUUCAUCUGCAUUUUUAUUGUCUAUCCUAGCUUUUGUAGACAUGGUUGCACGACCUUCCAUGGGAAUGGUGGCAAACUCCAAAUACAUCCGCCCAAAGAUACAGUAUUUUUUCAGUUUUGCCAUUCUAUAUAAUGGCAUUUGCCAUGUGUUGUGCCCAUUUGCUAAUGAUUACACUGGACUGGUCAUAUAUUCAAUAUUUUUUGGGUUUGCUUUUGGUAUGGUAAGCAGUGUAUUGUUUGAAACCCUGAUGGACCUUGUUGGAGCAGCAAGAUUCUCCAGUGCUGUUGGACUUGUGACAAUUGUGGAAUGUUGCCCUGUUCUAAUCGGGCCUCCUUUGGGAGGUUGGCUGGUGGAUUUAACUGGAAAUUAUAAAUACAUGUACUUUGUAUGUGGCAUGAUUGUCAUUUUGGCAAGUAUAUGGUUAUUUAUUGGAAACGCCAUCAACUACAGACUACUAGCAAAGGAAAAAUUGGCAAAUAAUGAAAUAAAUGCAGCAAAAGAGGCAGAACCUUUAAACAACACAGAACCCAUUGAAGCGACCAAAAAAUCAAAUGUGGCUAAUUCAUCAGACAGAGAAACUAGUAUAUAACAUGGACUAUUAUUUAUUGGAUUAGAUGCAAGUAUUAUUUAGAGGUUUAUGCUGAUUAAUGGUUAUUAUGGAGUCCUGACAGGUAAAUAUUCCUGCAUUGAAUUCACAGUUCAAGAAAUGAAUGUUACAAAGUUUAGGGCCGUAUUCACUAGUCUAAAUGACAAAAAAAAAGUACAUAUUCUGCUGUGCCUUGCAAAAGUAUUCCCCCCACCUUGGUGUUUUUCCUGAUUUGUAGCUUUACAACCUGGAAUUAAAAUGUAUUUUUGGGGGGUGUAUACCAUUUCAUUUGCAGAACAUGCCUACCACUUUGAAGGUGCAAAAUAUUUUAUACUGUGACAUAAAUAAGAAUUAUGACAAAUGGACUAAGAAAUGUAAUGUGCAUAAGUAUUCAUUCCCUGAAUGUCUAUAAUUUGUGAAUCCAUCUGUUGCUGCAAUUACUAUAGCUAAGCACAUCUAGACACAGGGAUUUAUUCCCCCUCUUCUAGCUGAAAUUACUCCCACUCCGUCAAGCUAGAUGGUGCAUUGGUGUACUAUAGUCUUCAAAUCAUGCUGCAGAUUCUUAGUUAGAUUUAGUUCUGGGCUUUGACUUUAGCUUUAGCACUAUGUUUAGGGUCAUUGUCCUGCUGAUAGCUGGAUCUCCUUCCCAGUCUCAAAACGAAUAUUCUAAAAACUAAUAUAUAGCACUAUAUUCUAUAGUUCUAUAUAUUUGUUUUUGACCCACGCCUGUAUUGAGCAUGCAAUAUUUGCAUAUUACGCGAUCAUUAGCUUGCCGAUUUUCGCGUAAAAAAAAAGUAGAAUAUAGCGAAUAUACGAAUUUGCGAAUAUAUGACGAAUAUUCUACUAAAUAUUUGCAAAAUAUCACAAAUUGGAAUAUGACCCCUGUCGCUCAUUACUACUAACAUCAUGUGACUGAUCAUGUGAAACUUUUAUUGAAUACAGAGCAAAUUUAUUCAACUUAUUAUGUGACUUCUGAAUUUCAUUGGUUGAGCCAGAUAUAUUUUGGGAUUUAAUUGCAAAGGGGAUAGAUACAGGUGCACUCACAACUUUUCAAUAGUUUUUAAUAAAUAUUUUCAAGAAGGUAUAUUUUUACAUUCCACUGUAACAAUUUGGAAUAUUUUGUCAGGUUUAUUACAUAAAAUCUAAAUUAAAAUUCAGGUUGUAGCGCAACAAAACAGGUAAAACACCAAGGAGGGGGAGGGUGAAUACAUUUUCAAGGCACUUUGUAUAUGGAAAAUGCUAAGAUGUUUUAAAAAAUAUUUUACAUUAUCUCAUGUUGACAUCAAGUAACCACAUGUCAAUUGUGAAAUCUGAAAGAAUUAUCCUCUAAUUAUUUGUAACCUUGAAAUACAAAUGUGAUGAUCAAAUAUAUGAAUAUGAAUAUUAUGAUAUUAAUAUUAUUUCACAUUUAAGUGGAUUUAACAUUUUCAGCUGUUUUAAGAUGUUUUGUAUUUUUGUAAUCUCAUGAUGGAGAAAUUAUGGAGGAACGACAACGAUAUAAGGAAUGAUCUUUGCUGCCGAUACAGGUUACUAUUUUUUGCUGCUGGGAAAUCAGUUAUUCUCCAUAGAAUGGGACACAGCUUUGGCUCAUGCACAUUGCAGAGGCAUAUGGUAUGAAACCAUAGACUGCUGUGGGUGCUAUAUUAGAGCUUCAUACAUUUUAGGGAUUGUAUCAAGCCUCCAAAUGCCAAUGUGCAUGAACCUGCCGUAUAACCAGCCAUAUAACGGAAAAAUAAAUUGUUUUAUAAUCUGUA